AUGAUCUCAGUAUCCCAAUCAAAACUCAUUCCUCUCCCUCUUCCGGUGCCCGCAAUAGCCGCCUCUCACCACCGGCCUUGCCUCCCCUUAUGUAGUUCCAGCCGGAAACUAACCACUCUAUCCAGAUUCUUGGACUCUUCCGACGGAUUUUUGGGCCUGCCUAAGACCAUUGUCUGUUCCGCCAGCUCAACUUUAACUGCCAAUUCUGUAUCCCCGAGAAAUGGGGUGUAUACUGUCGGUGAUUUCAUGACAAAAAAAGAGGAUUUGCAUGUUGUGAAGCCGGACACGACUGUGGAUGAAGCCUUGGAAAUGCUUGUAGAAAACAGAAUAACUGGUUUUCCGGUGAUUGAUGAUAACUGGAAGUUGGUCGGUCUUGUCUCGGACUAUGACUUAUUAGCGCUGGAUUCCAUCUCAGGCUCUGGAAGAACUGAUACAAACAUGUUUCCUGAAGUUGACAGCACUUGGAAAACAUUCAAUGAAGUGCAAAAUUUGCUUAGCAAAACCAAUGGGAAAAUGGUUGGAGAAUUGAUGACGCCAGCUCCAGUAGUUGUUCGUGAAUCCACCAAUCUUGAGGAUGCUGCAAGAAUACUACUAGAGACAAAGUAUCGCCGCCUGCCUGUUGUGGAUGGUGAUGGUAAACUGGUUGGAAUUAUUACAAGAGGAAAUGUUGUAAGAGCUGCAUUGCAAAUUAAACGGGCCAAUUAA